AAUCGAUCGAAGGCAACAAAUUAGCCAAUUACAGGUAAAGGGGGGCGGGCCGUUCACCGAGUUAAAGUUCAAAUAUUCAUAAACUGACUCGCCGGUAAGCAUCGUAAAAAUGGAUAUAAAAGGAUUAUUUGUUCGUUUAAAAAGGAAGACUGACACUGACGGGAGCAAGCAGGAAGUAGCGGCAGCGCCACACACGCAGCAGCAGCGAGACCUUCCUGCCUGGAAACGUGAGUAAUAAUGCCGACAUCGUGAACAACAAUACAUUACCGCUGCUUCAUGGUAACAUUACAGCUGCGAGGAACAAAGGCAGCUUCAUUCUGCUCCUGGUGCUCCCUACCUGCUGUACAUCCUCCUCUAGCAUGAACGUUUACUUCGGUGUGACCGUUGGUUCGGUGUUUGUGGUCAUUCCUGCCAACACUCCCGUUUUUCCCGGGACUCUCCCGUAUUUCAGACCUAUCUCCCGCCCUCUUCCCGUUUUGUCAUUUCUCUCGGGAAUCUCCCGUAGUUUGAUGAUCCACGUUAAUUUAUGAAUAUUUGUCCAAAGUUUCAGGUUGUCAGACAACUUUAGAUAGUCCUGUAUUUCUGCUGAGGCUCACAGACACUGGAUUGAUACCUUUACUGAACAAUCUGGGAUGAUUCUGGUCGGUUUAAACUGUAAACUAUAUUUAAGCAUCGUUUGUUGCAAAAUGAACGCUUUAAUGAAAGGAAAACAAACCUGAGAUAUAAUAUUUACGUUCAUAAUCUUGCACUGUGUCAGAGUGAUGCGCUCAGGGCAGCCUCAGAUAAAAGAGUGCUGUAUUUUACGCACAGAUGGCCAGAGUAGGGCCCGACGGAUAUGGAUUUUUCGGGGCCGAUACCGAUUGUUAGGGUGGGGGUUAUCCGAUUAAUCGACCGAUUUUUUUAUUUUUUAUGAAGUUAUUAAAAUAUAUAUAUGUAGGAGAAUCUCUUUAUACAUUUAGGUUAAGAAAUAUAGAGUAAUUAUCUUUUAGUAAGAAGCUACAAAUAAUCUAGGUUGGCCUGCUCCUGCAGCCCCACGACCCUGAGAUUGUAAGCAAGGCUGUCUUGCAGGAGCCCGAACUAUCUGUCUGUUGGAACAUUUAAUCUCUGCCAGGGUCAAGACGAACCUAAACAAAGUGUCGUGGGGCAGACAUGUCAUCAUGGGCAGCCCUCUGCACAUACACAUACACAAACACACACACACACACACCUAACAGCAUGAAAGAGAGUAGAAGAAAAGCUAGGGAGGCUUCCUUCGGUCUUGGUCGAGACUCUGUUUAUCAUCUGUACCGAUUUCUACAUCUGUACAAUAAAGACGCCCAGGCUGUUCUUCAGAUCUCAUCCUGUCUCCUGUGCAUUGUUUAUGCUGGAUUUUCCACAACAUAUACUGUAGAUAUACUAUAGGCUACUGCUCUUCACGCCAACAGGAAGGCUGACUGACUGACUUACCAUCGUACAAGGUAGCCUCAAAACUAACCCGGCAUGCGCUGUAAAAGUCUUCUGGAUCUUGUAACCCAAAUGUUGGCAGGUAUGUGUGUGGCCCUGCUCUCUGAAUGCCCCCGGCCUCUGUUUUAUUGAUAAUAAAUGAGCACUUCAGUCACUACUGUUUUUUGUUUGUUUUAUAUCUAUAUUUAUUUGAAGAUGAAAUGCCUCUUGUUACUGAGAGAAAAUAACAUUUCAAUAUAGUAGGAGUGUCCACGGAGCUCUCGUUAAGCCUGAAGCAGAUAAAAUACAGGUUUAAAGAAGUGUGCCCCCCUGAAAAAAUGUAAUGCCCCCUCUCUUAUUUGUCUCUGCAGCCAGGUGAGUGUGAACCUGCAGAGCUGGACGUCUCUCUGAUGAGGAUGAAAGAUGUUUGUUGCUGCCCGAAAGCACCAGACCUUUCUACCGCGAGGGGUCUGGACUGGGAGAGACCCUGAACGCCACUUGUAAAUCGGCUAAGGUACCUGUUUUAUUUUGCCUCAGCUGAGCAGGGGGCCAUUAAGUUUUGGGCCACACUGAACCCGAGCGACGAUACCGGCCUGUAACAGAGGUUAAAUAUUCCUUUGCCAGCUUUAAAUAAGGUGUCAGGUGCAUUUUGUUUACAGUGUGGGUCCACAUUUUGAAGAUUGCAAUUUAUAAACUGUGUUUUGAACAUGAAACAUGUAAGUAAACGUUCUAAGAUGCUAGCAUAACCGUUUUAUUGUUUUAUUGGAGAGUUAAGUCAAUUUUACGACUUUAUUUGUGGUUUAUUUGCUAACUGUUGAGGUGCAAAGGUACUUGAAUCUACAUGAGAGAAGCUAUUAUAAAUACUUACCUGACAAGUUUUAUUUUUCUUUUAAUUCUAGAGUUUAAAGGAUAUUUAGAGUUUAUUUUAAAUACAUGUUAAAGAACCCAGGGCUCUGCUCUGACGCGUAUAGGGAGCAAGAGCGCUACCCAAGUUACGUCUUUAUCAGGUACGUCCUUGCUUAUUUCAGCAAGAUCAUGUUGAGACAUGUUCUGCACAUGUUACGACAGCACGGGGAAAAGAGUCCGGGUAUGAGACUCAUACUGAAUGUCGUAAAAAGGAAACGUGACGCAACACAGCAGUAAACAUGUCCCAGAUUUUUGGGAACAUGUUGUAGUAUCCGAUUUCAAAUGAGUGAAUAUUUCUUUAAAAACAAUCAAGUUUAUCAGUUUGAACUGUCAAUAUCUUGUCCUAGUCCAGAUAUUCAAUAUAGAUGGACAAAGAUUUGCAAAUCAUUUUGUUUUAAUUCAUUUAUUCACGCCGUGUCUUAAAUCAUCUGGAAUUGGAGUUUAUAUUUGACCGCAGCAGAGUUGAAGUUAUUAUGUGGAAGUGAGGAACAGAAACCACCCAGGAUGAGGGUGUGGAAACGGAAACAUGAAAACCUCUUUGUCGUCAGAGCUUAAUUCCCGUUUGCUUCUCCAAAAUGUGAGAGUACAGUUUAUAAGGAGGAACUCUGAAAUUUGAUGACACAGCGAAAGGAAUAUCCUGUUUCAUGCACAAUAAAUAAUGCAACAGGUCCAUUUCUCCUUUCGUUGAGCUUGUUACGAGUGAAUAGCAGCAUCUUCGUUUGACUGCAGUUACACAGACGGUAAGUCCACUUUCAGAUUUUCAUGAUUAAUUAUUGCUCUGUGAUUUAGAUUCAUUUCUAGAAAUAAAAACAUGACUGAUAAUGUUCCCUCUGAAGAGGUUUGGCUUACCUGGCUGAUGCAAAGUCAAAAUUUUGAAUUUGACAUGCAAGUUAAUCGUAAUUAGUCUUUUGACUGAUUUUGUUUUUCUUUAAUUUUCGAGUUUCCCAUAAAUAUCCUGAUUAUCGGAUCAUCACAGUAUUUUACAGCCACGAUGAUUGUAAUUGAAAAAUCUGAUAUCUUUACAGCCCGACUGAAACCGCAUCAUUGUCAGGAUGGAUCCAAUGGAGAUCGAUGACGGCAUACACACAAAGUGGGACCUCAUGAAGGAAGGCCUCAUCACCGGCGGUAUGAUAUCAACCUUAAAAGAAAAGAGUUUAGAGUACCAACAUAAGAAUUGUUAUCUAUGUGGAGUGUAAAACUAACUUUUUCGAUCAUGUUUGGGAAGUUCAUGGGUUAAUUGUUGUUUUCAGAUUUGGAGAUUUACUUUUUCAACACUCAAAUUCGGAUAAAAAGGAACCUUGUCUCUAAGCAAACGUGUGAAUUGUUGUCUGACUUUUCAUUUUGUAGAUCUGCAGAAAAGAAAAUCCCCCUACAGAUGUCUUUCUGUGGGUCUUGGAUUACUGUGUGCUGUCCUGUUGCUUGGAAAUGUAGCACAACUCAUCUACUGUAAGUUUUUUUUUUUUUUUAAACAUAAAUUUUGAGGCAUUAAACUACUAAGUGGUCUUUGAAAGCCCCUCUCUCUAUCUCACAGGUAAGAGCUCUGGAGCUUUAACCACAGAGACAGAAAAGUUUGAAGCCCGACUGAGUAACCUGACGACUAAGAAAGACCAGCUACAGCAAAACUACAACUCCCUUAAAGAAGAGAGAGAUCGGCUGCAGAUGAAUAACACUGACACGCGGAAGAAUUACGACGACCUACGGAGAGAAAAAGACGACCUACAGACCAAGUUCAGCACUUUGACAGCAAACAGAGACGAGUUACAGAGGAAGUACUCCUCUCUGACACUGGACAAGGACCAGUUGCAGUUACGCUUGAAUAAUUUAACUCUGGACAAGAAUCAUCUUCAGACCAGAUACAAUUCUCUCUGGAUAAACAACACAGCUUUGCAGACACAGUUUUCUGAUCUGCAAAGGGAAAACGAUCAGCUGAAGACUAAUUACAGCAAUUUGACAACAGUCAAAGAUCAGUUACAGCAGGAACUCAACAGCCUAAAAUGUAAGAUAUCCCUCUCUUGUAAGUUGAACUGAUUUUCUGUACAGUGUUCUGGCAUUUAUAUCCUGUUUGUGAUAUUCUGUUCUGGUUCAUGUUUUCGAUCUGCAGCCCCUUGCCGUGAGGGAGGCUGGAAGAAGUUUGGCACCAGCUGUUACUACGCUUCAAGUACGAAGAAAAACUGGUGGUCCAGCAGAACUGACUGCACCAGUAAAGGAGCUGAUCUGGUUAUCAUUAAUAGCGAAGAGGAAAAGGUACGCGAGUAAAGAAGUCAGUGAGUGUGUAAUUUAAAGCUAAAAAAAACAUCUGUAAUUAGAUUUGAGCAACUAAAGAGAGGUUCCUGACCAACAUCAACGUCCAAAAUAUGUUAAAAAAUUGGAUUUAAUUGAGGGAAACAAAAAGGAGCAAUAACGGAUUUACCAGGAAGAUGAGGAUGUGUUUUCAUCAUCCCUGUCUGUGUGUCAUGAUUACAGGUGUUUGUCAGUGAGCUGGUGACACCAGGAGCAAAUACCUGGAUCGGUCUGACUGACGAUGUUACAGAGGGGACUUGGAUGUGGGUGGAUGGGACCCCCGCCACAACUACGUAAGCUUUUAAUUGAUUACUUAAUGUAUUAAAAGGCUAAUUUAUGUUACAUUACUAUUCUAAGUUUUGCACAGGAAUAGAAUAUCUGUAUGACAUUUUUAUGAGAGUAAAUCUGUGCGCAAAUAUACCCUGGCCACCUCUAACGGUGUCAGAGCCCCCUCAGUCAAAAAAGUCUGAGCACACCCCUGCAAACUUCAACCUCUGCUGCAGAAUGACAGUAAAACAGACACUUGUACCAGUUAGAGGAGGAUAACAGGCAGAUGGAGCAUGAUAUACAUGAGAGAAGUUAGAAAGUGAGUGAUUUGAUGUAUUUGAGGAGUUGUUCAUGGAUGUUGAUUUCUCUUCUCAUCAGGUACUGGGAGGACGGGCAGCCCAACAGCAUGGGGGGGAACCAGGACUGUGGAGAGAUGGUGCAGAGAGGAGAGUGGAACGAUGAUAAGUGUACUGUUGAAAACAUCUAUAUCUGUGAGACCUCUCUGUAAUCUAUAAACUCUGUAAAUUAGAAGUUAAUGAUCAAAGUUCAUGCUUGUCCCCUCAAGACAGAAAACUGAGGGAAACGAAGAAGAAGUAACCAACUGCCAGGGUGCUAGCUAAAGCAGCUUUCUUAGAGAUAAUUCAGCAGUUUUUAAAAGUGAUUUUCAAGAUUUACUGUAUUUUCUUAAACAACUUCAAACUUGUGCCUCUCUGGGAUACUAACUAAUUAUACAUUUAUACUUUGUAACUGCAAGUUUAACCGUUUUCAUUUAGCUCUGUGAUUUAAGAUCCACCAGGAUUAAAGGAAUAAAAGCAACCUUAAGAAUAUUUCAAAAUAAAAGCAUGAUGAGCAACCAUUUAAUGAGGCAAUACUGUUACACUGUUUAAUGGAUAUGAUACUUCAAUUAAUAACUGUUUUCAAUUAUGUAGUACAAACUGCAUAAGCACAUGUUUUGUAAGAUGAUUGUACAACACACUGGUGAUUAAAUAAUAAAGAUCAAUUUCAAAUAAA